AUGGCCUCCGCAGCCGUCUCGUCUAUCCCUAACCAGGAGCCUGCCUUCAAAGUCGCAACAUUCCCCGCGUCGCCUGCAGACUCCAAGAAACACCACGUCGAGACAACGCUGAACUACUACAAGCCGGCGGAAGAUGGCGCGCCUCCGGAGCCUAACUAUGUUAACAAACAAAACACGUUCUACCGUGAAAGCACCGUCUUUGACGUGAAAGUGCAUGACGUGUCUGGCAAUGAGCUGGACUAUACUCUCGACAAAAACGGAUUCCAGAUCUACUACCAUGAGAGUAAGCAAAAGGCCUUUGUGGACGACGAAGAGAUAAAGAAAGAAUAUUAUCCCGAGACGGAGCAGUUGUUGAAAGAUGCGACCGGUGCAUCCAAAGUCUUCAUCUUCGACCACACAAUCCGCCGACCCCCCAGCGACCCCAACGCAGAGAAGGACACUCUUCGUGGCCCCGUGCAGCGCGUGCACAUCGACCAGAGCUACGAAGCAUCCGCCAACCGCGUUAAAUACCACCUCCCCUCCGAAGCCGAAACCCUACUCAAGGGCCGCUACCAAAUAAUCAACGUCUGGCGACCCAUAAAGGCAAUCUACAAGGACCCCUUAGCCGUCGCAGACGCCCAUUCCGUGCCUGACAGCGACCUUGUGCCCGUAAAACUGAUCUACCCAGACCGCGAAGGCGAGACGUAUACCGUAAAAGCAAACAAGGAGCACAAGUGGUAUUACCGGUAUGGGCAGACGCCCGAGAUGGUGACGCUGAUCAAAUGCUUUGAUUCGAAGGUCGAUGGACGCGCCAGGCGUGUGCCGCAUUCGGCCUUUGUGAACCCGGAGACUGAGACGGGGUUUCCGGAGAGGGAGAGUAUUGAAGUUAGGGCUCUGGUGUUUCAUCCGGACGAUACGGAGUAG